UACUGUGAGGUCACUAUCCAAGAUGGCGCUCCCCGUGAGGACUAAUAUGAAGCAUCUCUUCGGAUUAAUUCACAAGUUUAACUCUUCUAAAAGACUCCUCUGCUCUGCUGCAUGCUCGGGAAACAAGGAGCCUGCAGGAAGGGGCCGUGUGUUCUCGGGGAUCCAGCCCACCGGGGUGCCCCACCUGGGGAACUACCUGGGGGCUCUGGAGAACUGGGUGUCCCUGCAGAGCCAGUUCCCCUCCGUGCUGUACAGCAUCGUGGAUCUGCACUCCAUCACUCAGCUUCAGGACCCGGCUCAGCUGCGCAGCAACAUCCUGGACAUGGCCGCCAGUCUGCUGGCCUGCGGCAUCGACCCGGAGAGAGCCGUGCUCUUCCAGCAGUCUCAGGUGAGCAGGGGGGGGGGGGGGUCUGUUGUUUUAAUACAGUGGUGCAGGAAUGACUUGUUGUUGACCCAGAAGUUGGCAUUGCAAGGAAGCCAUAGAAAGAUUGCCUAUUGAACUUAAUUUGAUUCGGGUAUUUUGCAGCAAUAAGACUAUAAGAUGUUUAUGAUUCUGAUAAUAAUAAUACAAUACAAAUUCCAAAUGUUACCAUGACUUGUACGGUUUUCAAACAAACAUGCCAUAGAUGACCAUUUACUGCUAAUGUGCUGUGAGUGUUAUGAGCUCAUGUGUGGCUGAACAUUCAGUUUCAAUGAGUUGUAUUUAGAUGUCUGCUGUGUUUCAUUACAAGAUGAGAUUGUGUUAUUGAUGUUAAAGUCAUUUCUGUUGCUACAUUGGAAAAGUCAAGUAGAUA